UACAGAUGAUUGAAUUGCUGUCUUCCACAGUUCUCUAAGGAAUUGAAAAGCUUUAUAUCCAACUUGCAAGCGCAGCUGUCCUGCUAGAAGCAUAAGAGUGGUAAUUCGUUCGAAAUGGGUGUCAUCCCAUAGACACGGUCGCAAUUCUGGCCCAAAAGGCGCCGUUCACCCUGCGACUGUUGGGCUCGACGGUGUGCAUGAAAAAAAAAGCAUUUGCAAUGAAUGGAUGACUUAUCAGACAGUUCGAAGAUUACGUGGCGUACUAACAUUCGCAGCUGCACUGAACACACGCACCAAACGUCUCGUAGGCAUACGUACUGGUAUAUUGGAAAUAUGCACCCUGCAGCUGUGCGUUUUAUCAUACGCCGCAAUCAAGUUGGCAGUUCUUUCUUUAAUAUGGCAGGCUGUAAGCUCGGAAUGUUGCCAUGGUUCCUGCAUGCUGGAUCCUGCGUCGGGGAGCAUUUAAUCCUGGCUCUGCGAAGCUACGGAGUGUUAGAAGGAAAGUUGUUCUCAGCCUACAGAACUCUGGAGCCCUGAGGAAUCAACAUGAGCUUGUUCUCGCGGUUCUGGUCACGCGCGCAGUGACCGAGUAACUUUCGUUAACGGCUGUUCAUCCUUAAAAGCUCUUGGCCCUUUCUAGAGGACCAGAGCUAGUUCACUGUCCCAGAAAAAAAAAAGAAAAUCCUUCAUGCUAUUGUAAUAUCUAUUCUUUCGUUCAUGCUCGCAAUGUUUGUCUGUGUGCGUGCGCUCUUUCUUCACAGACAGCUUUUAUUUGCUAAAACAGAACUACUGGUGUAAGCGCUGCGUCUCCGUCGACCACCAUGAUCGUGGAGGGUGUACCCAAGGAACUGCAGCAAGGCAUGCCGCCCAUUGCGACCGUGCCGCUGGGCUACGCAGAGCCACGCUGGAACUUGUACCUGGCAGUGACCGUCGUCGGGGCAAUGCUGGUCAUGUCGGGGACAUUCCUGGCGCCCGCAGGACUUCGGUUCGUGAUCGGCUGCCAAUCCCCCCAGUGCGGCGACUGGUUCGAGGACCUGGCUGUGUCCAUCAGCCCGCGGCGCAAGCCUUGUGACGACUUCUACGAGUUCGUCUGCGCAAACAGGAACACCACGCAGGGUGCCACCGUGAACGCGUUCCUGAAGCUUCAGAUCCGCGUGGCGCUGUCCUUCUUCAAACGGCUGCUGCUUGUCGACACCGACCUGCCGGAUACCAGCCUGGUCAGCGCACACGUGAAGACUGCGCGCCUCAUGCAACGCUGCAUGCAGGAGGCCAUCAACGGCGCCGACGACCUGCACUUCGUGACCGACUUCCUGGCGCAGUACAACCUGUCGUGGCCCCCCGCGCAAGAGCCGGCGGUGCGCGCGGCCCAGGAGGAACGCUCUGUGGUCGACUUGCUGGUCGAGCUGAGCCUGGUGCGCGGCGUGCACCCGCUUCUGCGCAUUGUGCCCGACGUGUACUUCAAGCGGCGCGGCUACUACUCGCUCCACGUCGAGUUUAACCUGGCCUUCAUGUACGAGUGGGCCGCCGUGCGCAAGCUGCUGCUUGCCACGGGCCGGCUUGCACCCUUCUUCGAGAUCACCGCCCUGCUUCUAUCCGGGAGGCGCCCACAUCCCCAGCUGGUGGAGCGCCUGAUGGCACUGGACAACAUGCUGCUGACGGCGGCGCUCCCGCCGAUGGGCGACCGGCCCAACAUGACCACGUCGUACGUGCGCUUCGGCGACCUGAGCAACCUGACGAGCCCGUCAUUUCCCGGACAGAUGCUGCUGGACGCCGUGAACCGCGUGCUGCCGCCGAGACGGCGGCUGAGCGAGGACGACGAGCUGGUGGUCACCAACGGCCCUUACCUGCGCGCCAUCGGGCAGCUGCUGGGGCCCAGCCCGGCCUCCGAGACGCUGCGCGCAUACGUCACCCUCAUGCUGGUUCGCUACCUGGCACCGUCGACGUCGUCCCGUCUGGUGAGCAGCCAGCUGCCGGUAGAAGGGAACGCGCUGAACGCAGUGCUGUUCCGGCUGGCUCACUGCGUGGCCGACGCCAUACAGCUGGUGCCGUACGUCAUGGGCGACCUGUUCGUGCGCUGGCACCUGGACGAGAAGGAGCUGGACGGCGCACGAGACAUCGUCGGCCGGGUGCGCAACGCGACGCGCGCUGGCUUCUUGGCGCUGCGAUGGAUCGACGAAGAGACGCGCCGCGGAGCCCUGAGGCGCAUCGACAACUUGGCCUCGCUCGUUGGGCACCCCGACAAUGUGUCCAGGGUGGACCAGCUGAACCGGCACUACGCGUUCCUGCCGGCCAUGCGAGGCAGCUACGCGCACAUGCUGACCGCGAGCCGGGACGCGGACGCCCAUCGCCUGCUGCGGCGGCUGCGCGCCAGCGAGCCUUUCUUCCCCGCCGUGGACGUGGAGCUGCCCAUGAUUCUGGUGAACGCGUUCUAUCUGCCCAUCUACCACGUGAUGGUCAUCCCGCCGGCCAUCAUGUUCGCGCCUUUCUACCGACGCGCGCUGCCCGCCGCGCUCAACUACGGCUCGCUGGGCCACGUCGUGGGUCACGAGAUCACGCACGGCUUCGACCCCGAGCUCAGCCUGUACAACGAGUCCGGCCUGCGCGAGGACUGGUGGACGGCGCGCUCGCGCGCCAACUUCGAGCAGCGCGUCAAGUGCCUGCGCCGCCUCUACAACGAGGCCCCCUGGUCGCGCGGCGUCAACUACGGAGACACGGCGCUCUCCGAGAACUUCGCCGACUGCGGGGGCCUCGACAAGGUGUACCGGUCAUUCAAGUCGCUUGGUCCUCAGCCAUCGCAGCGGCUGGGCGACGAGAGCUACACGGCCGACCAGCUGUUCUUCAUCAGCAGCUGCUACAAGUGGUGCACCGUGGAGGGCGCCAUGCGCGGCCGUUCCUCGUCCCCGAGCGACGAGUCUGAGGCCAUCAAGUUCUACUCGCCCAUGCACAUGCGUUGCAACGUGCCACUCAUGAACAUGCCCGAGUUCGCAGAGCACUUCAGCUGCGCUCCGGGCACCGUCAUGAAUCCGCGCGUGCGCUGCGAGACCUUUUAG